CAGGGACAGGCGUGCACAGUCGGCGACCGGCAACAAACGUAAGAGACAGAGGAGAGAGGAGAGAGGAGAGGACUGGCUGUCCGUCGGAUAACGAUAACCGGGCGAUACAUGUACGGUCACAGACCGCUUGUACCGCUCAGAUAUGUAUAUCCUGACUCGCGACCCAUCACGGACGGGCGUUGCGAGUCAGGCGCAGGCAGUGCCUCUUUUUCUCGCAUUUGUCGCUCUGUUUGGUCGCAUCGCAUCGCCGACUGUCCCGCUGUGUGUCGCAAAAUUGAGACUACCCGACAUCACAGAUGUCAGGUAGUCUGCGUCGUCGCACGAACUCGUCCGUCCUCCUUACCCGUCCGAUUGAACGGACCAGGACCAGUCCAGUACUCUGUACCGGAAAGGAAGGCGUCGACAGGAAACCAGGGACAAACACUAAUAGUAGUCGCAGACAAACCAUUGUGUUUUCCCCCUGACAGACACCUGUCAAGUAAGCGACAAAGAAAGGAAAUCGUGUAACAUGCUUUCGUCCAAAUCAUAUCCCAAGCCGCGAGGCUCACCAGUCUUUAUGCGGGAUAAACAAGAAAAGAACAACCAGAUAGCCGACCCGCCGCUUCUUAAUGCAAUCAAGAAAGGCAAAGCAAAACAGAACAAAACAAAAACAAAACAAAACGCUAGCGCUUGCUCGUAAGGAAAGGGCAAAUUCAAAACAUCGCAAACAAAAAGAGAGAGGAGCAGCGGAUUAUGCCUGUUGAAAUGCAAGAUGGAG